AUGUACAUGCGCCCAGGCGAGCUCACCUUCUACAAAGCCAACCGCGUGGGGGAGCACAGAAUAGAAAACUUCUCCCAUCAGCUCACCUCGGACGUGGAUCACUUCAGCAUCUGCUUCACGGAGGUGCUGUCGGACUCUUUGAAACCGAUGGCCGACUUCCUGGUCUACUCAGUGCUCCUGACCCAGUCGCAGGGGUUGGCCACGCCGCUGACGCUGUAUGCGUGGUUCGCGUGCGCCACCCUGAUCUCCGACAGGGUCAGCCCGUCCUGGGGCGAGCUUGCUGCCACCAAGCAGCACCUGGAGGGGCGCUUCGUCCGCUGCCACGCGCACCUCAUCGAGAGCUGCGAGCAGGUGGCGUUCCUCGGCGGCGAGGAGCCAGAGAAGCACGUGCUGGACUGUACGUUCGACAAGCUCUUGGCCCAUGUCUGGCGAAGCCUGGACCUCUCCUUCAGGGCGGAGGUCGUCACCCAGUAUCUCAAGAAGUACUUCCCAACCGUCAUCGGGCUCUACCUCAUAGCGCGCCCGCUGAGGCUGCGGAGCGCGAGCUCCCCCACCGGCGGCCUCUCGAGCGACCAGGUGGCGCAGUACUUCACUUCCUCGUGGCAGAACCUGACCGUGUUCGCGUCCGCCAUCCAAUUUUUGGUCCUUCGGCAAGCGCUCCUGAACGCCUCGCGCCGGCUGGAGACCCUGAGCGGCUACGCCGGCAGGGUCAGCAGGCUGAUGGGCGGCCUGGAGCAGCGCCCGCCCGUGCUGCAGGAGGAGCUGGAGCUGGCCAGACGGGGGGCGCACCCUCCCGAGCUGCUGGAGGGUCCCACGCUGAAAUUCGAGCACGACCUGAACCUCUGCGUGGAGCCUGGGCAGCGGGUUCUGAUAACCGGGGAGAACGGCUGCGGCAAGUCUAGCCUCUUCCGGGUGAUGAGGCGCCUGUGGCCCCUGGUGGAGGGCAGGAUCACCAUGCCGUCUGGCAAGAUCCACUUCCUCACGCAGGCGAGCUUUGUGCCGGUGGGGACGCUGCGUGACGUGGUCAUCUACCCGCAGUCCAGCAGCGAGAUGCUCUCGCAGGGGCGAACCGACAGGGAGGUGCACGCGUGCCUCAGGUGGGCCUUCGUCUCUCCGCAGGUGAUACGAGACGGGAGGGCGCAACUGGAAUUUUCGGAGAAGCACGGCCGCGUGGUGCGUCCAGAGCUGGGCGACGUAAUGGACUGGCGGAAAGAGCUGUCGCCGGGCCAGAAGCAGAGGCUUGCGUUCGCCAGGCUCUUCUAUCACCGACCCGCCUAUUCGGGGGUUUGUCCACCGCCGACCUAUGCUAUCCUGGACGAGUGCACGAACGGUGUGUCCCCGGACGUCGAGCACGAGCUGUACAGCCGCUGCGCUAAGCUGAAGCUGGGGGUGCUGUCGAUCGCGCACAAGACGGAGCUCAAGCUGUUCCACGACUACGAGCUCCACUACAAUGCCGACGCGCAUGGUUCCUGGACCCUGUCGCAGUGCUCGGAGACCCUGGACAAG